AGGGCUACUCCACCUAUUGCCAAUUGGUUUUAGGUUGGAUGCAAGCCUUGUGUUGAGCCCACAUGCAGGAUUUUCAUCAUGGUAUCAGAGCAAGGUUUCUAAACACCUAAGGCUAAUUUGACAACAAGAGUUUGCUGCAACCAAACUAUUUGACAGCAAGUCUUUGCUACAUUCAUCAACAGCGUGACAACAAGCCUUUGCUGCAUCUAUCAUUAACGAAAUGGCUGAGACUCCUAAUACCGAAACCAAACCGGCAGGGGGAGCUAUGACAGUAGAAGCAAGGACAGGAAUUCAUCUAGAUUCUCCAUACUAUCUUCAUCCCAGCGAUGAUCCUGGAAGAAUCCUUGUCACCACUCCAUUGAAUGGAGAGAACUACCACACUUGGAGGAAGGCAAUGCAAAAUGCCCUUUACUCCAAAAACAAGAUGGGCUUUGUGGAUGGAACUCUAAAGAAACCAGAUGCAAAAUCACUCGAGAUGCUUGCUUGGACCAAAUGCAACUCGAUGGUGGUCUCUUGGAUUUUGAACACCCUCAUCAAGGAACUAUAUGAUAGUGCAGCGUAUGCUGAUAGUGCCAAGGAGAUAUGGGACAAUCUCAAGGAACGGUUCUCUCAAGGGAAUGCAACACGAGUACAUGAAUUAAAGUUGGAAUUAGCAAAUCUCACUCAACAAACAAGGUCAGUGGCUGCAUACUAUACCAAAAUGAAGCCAAUUUGGGACGAAUUGCAAGCCUAUGAUCCAAUCCCCACAUGUUCGUGCGGAUGUACCUGUGGUGCAGCCAAAGAUUUCACUAAAUCCAAAGAAGUAGAGAAGGUUCACCAAUUUUUAAUGGGACUGAAUGACAAUUUUUCCACCAUGAGAUCAUAGAUUCUAAACAUGGAGCCAUUGCCAUCCUUGAACAAAGUUUAUGCCAUGGCAACCAAGGAGGAAAGACAAUAGGCAGUGGCCUCUGCAAGAUCUCCAAUGAUUGAGGCUACAACCUUAGCAGCUAAGAGUCAUUCCAACAUGCGCACCAAUGCAUCAGGGAAGCCACGGUGUGAUCAUUGCAAAAAGGUUGUUCUUACAAAGGAUAAAUGUUUUGAGAUAAU